GACAGCAACACCGAAACAGUAGCCGCAGAUGGUGGUCUCUCUUCCUAAGACUAUAUAUUGUGUUAUCGUUCAAUCACAUCCUUGUGUGCUUCUCGUGCCUAGCUUCCCCACUUUAUACAUACACCUGUUCUCUCAUGUGACUCUACCAAGCUCUUCUUUCUCCUUUCUGCUCCUCCUUCCCUCUAAUUCAUACACACUCCAAUCUCAGUUAAUUUACUUUUAUAGUGCUACCAUCUUAGCAUCUCUUCUUUCUCAUCACUUUUUCAUUUCUCAGUGGAUCACUAACUUCUGAGAUGAUGCCCCCUGAGCAAGAAACCUCUAUUUCACCAAACAUUCCACCCAUAUCAACCCGACCAGAGACCAGCUCGGUCCAUCAUGAACCAGAAGGUUCUGCUACUAACAAAAUCAAACCAAGUUUGGAAUUGGAUGAUAAUGGCAUUCCCUCGCACCAUCAGACUCAGCCAACUCCACCACCACCACCAAGAUUAUCCGUUCUUCACCAAUCCUUGCGCCCCAUUACCCUCAAAUUCGAAGACGUGUCCUACACUAUAACCUACGAGAGCCAGAAGAAGAAGGGUUGCGUUUUACGUAAUGAGUCCAAGCUAAGAAGAAAGGUGCUGAGCGGUGUGACCGGAGUAGCGAAUCCCGGUGAGUUAACGGCAAUGCUGGGUCCUUCCGGGAGCGGCAAGACGACCCUCUUAACCGCCCUGGCGGGGAGGCUUGCGGGAAAAGUGUCCGGCACGAUAACGUACAACGGACACAGCGACAGCUCCUUCGUGAAACGCAAGGUUGGGUUCGUUCCCCAAGACGACGUUCUCUACCCUCACCUCACAGUGUUGGAGACUCUCACUUACGCAGCUCUAUUGAGGCUACCCAAGAGUUUGAGCAGGGAAGAGAAGAAGGAGCACGCAGAGAUGGUGAUCGUGGAGCUUGGCCUCACACGAUGCCGUAAUAGCCCUGUUGGAGGUUGCAUGGCUCUGUUCCGGGGCAUUUCGGGUGGGGAACGGAAACGGGUCAGUAUUGGGCAGGAGAUGUUGGUCAACCCGAGUUUGUUGUUCGUCGAUGAGCCAACUUCGGGUUUGGACUCCACAACGGCCCAACUUAUUGUGUCCGUGCUCCGCGGGCUCGCCCGGGCGGGUCGGACCGUAGUCACCACCAUCCACCAGCCUUCCAGCCGGUUAUAUAGGAUGUUUGAUAAGGUGGUGGUCUUGUCUGAAGGGUAUCCUAUUUACAGCGGGCAUGCGGAUCGGGUCAUGGACUAUCUCGGAUCCAUUGGGUAUGUCCCGGCUUUCAAUUUCAUGAACCCGGCUGAUUUCCUCCUUGACCUUGCCAAUGGCAUAGUUGCUGAUGUCAAACAUGAUGAUCAGAUAGACCACCAUGAGGAUCAAGCUUCAGUCAAACAGUACCUAAUUUCAUCCUUUAAGAAGAACUUAUACCCUGCUCUUAAGGAAGACAUUCAACAAAAUAGCAGUGACCCUCUGGCUUUUACAUCAGGAACACCUAGACGCUCUGAUAACCAAUGGACUAGCAGCUGGUGGGAGCAAUUCAGGGUGCUUCUUAAGAGAGGUUUACAAGAGAGGAGGCAUGAAUCUUUUUCUGGUUUAAGGAUUUUCCAAGUCCUGUCUGUAUCGAUUCUCUCAGGACUUUUGUGGUGGCACUCUGAUGCUGCACAUGUUCAAGAUCAGGUGGGACUCCUUUUCUUCUUCUCCAUCUUCUGGGGAUUCUUCCCUCUCUUCAAUGCCAUCUUUGCAUUUCCUCUGGAGAGGCCAAUGCUAAUAAAGGAAAGAUCUUCAGGGAUGUACCAACUCUCCUCGUACUAUGUUGCCAGGAUGGUGGGGGACUUGCCAAUGGAGCUAGUGCUUCCAACCAUAUUUGUAACUAUUUCCUAUUGGAUGGGUGGUCUCAAACCUUCGUUGGUCACAUUUGUGUUAACCCUCUUGAUCAUGCUUUUUAAUGUGCUAGUGUCUCAAGGCAUAGGCCUAGCACUUGGUGCCAUCCUCAUGGAUGUGAAGCAGGCCACAACUCUCGCUUCAGUGACCAUGCUGGUGUUUCUCUUGGCUGGUGGUUACUAUAUUCAGCAAAUGCCUGCUUUUAUAGCUUGGUUGAAAUACAUUUCUUUCAGUCACUACUGCUAUAAGCUUCUGGUAGCAGUUCAGUAUCCAAUAAAUGAAGUAUAUGAGUGUGGACCAGGGUUACAUUGUAGAGUGAGAGAUUUCCCUGCAAUAAAGUGUCUGGAGCUUGGUGAUAACAUGUGGGGUGAAGUGGCUGCAUUGACUGUAAUGUUAAUUGGAUACAGAAUUGCAGCAUAUCUAGCCUUGAGGAUGGGGCAGCCUCACUGACUAAAAACUUAACAGAUUAGAGACCAUGUUACUUAUUUCAAGUUUGGUUGUUCGAAUCACCACCUCAGUUAGUGUGGUUAUUCGAUUCAAGUUGUAAGAUGAAUAUCUUAAGCCCUGUUGAUUAACAUAAAUGAAGCGACCAAAAUUUGUUCAAUAUAUAUUCCAAUUUUUUUUUUAUGGAGAACAGGCAGCUGUACCAGUAUACUCCAUCUAGUGUAUUAGUUAUCAAGAGGGCAUGGUUUGUUUCUGGCAUUAAAAAGGUGAUUUUGGAUCUUCAUUGACACAGUUGUUAUCGCAACUUGUAACGUAUUAUUAAGAAUUAUGUAUUUGGCCUUGUUUAUCUAUCAGACCAGCACUCUAUUGUUCAUUCUUUA